GAACUGAAAACGGAAGGGAAAACUAAAACUCUCUUUCUUCGCCAAAAUAAUAACGUUUCUGGCGAAGAUGUGGCGAGGACUGAGGGUAUACAGCGGGGUUUGUCCAGACCCGGAAUGUCAUACAAAACUUUAUUUUCCAUCUUAUGCCUCUUCGAGCGUUGAAUGCACAGGCUGUGGUCAACACCAUGCCAAAGACUAUCUUCUUAACGUGGAAGACAUCGAAGACCCUGAUGUGGCUUUGCGAAGUCUCCUUCGUUCCGUUUUGCUCGGUCACAUGUCGUCUAAGACCACGCCAGACCUAGUUAAGGUCAAAGGAUUUUCAAACUAUCACUGUAAAUUAUUGUCACCGCUUUUAACACAUUAUGGCAUGGAUAAACGAACGGGAGAGGGAAAGCUUUUGAGCGAAAUGGGGCAAGGAGAGGUCUUCGAUUGUGCACUACUGGGCGAUCGUGCCUUUCAAAUCGAGACAGAACAUAUAGAUACUGCUGGUUAUGGUAGAGACAAAACGGGCUCGUUGAUGUAUCUGAAAAAUACACUUGAUGCGAUAAAACUUGUUAACGACAACGAUGAAAGACUUAUUCCUGUACAUGUUGACGGUGAUGGCCAUUGUCUCGUUCACGCUAUUUCGCGCGCUCUGGUGGGGCGAGAAAUCUUUUGGCAUGCUCUGAGAGCAAACCUUAAAAACCACCUGAAAACUGAAUUGCACAAGUACAAAGGGUUGUUUAGAGAUUUUAUUCAUGAUGAGGAAUGGAAAGACAUCAUAUCUGAGGCAGACCCAUAUUUUGAACCUCCAGACGGAGAGGGACUUGGUUUGAGAAACAUCCACCUUUUUGGUCUUGCUAAUGUACUGCACAGACCCAUAAUUCUCUUGGACAAUGUAUCGGGUAUGCAGUCUAGUGGGGACUACACUGGAAUAUUUCUUCCUGCACUGAUUCCAGAACACAAGUGUAAGAAAGACAACAUUCUCAAUAAACCACUUGCAGUUGCAUGGAGUAGUUCAGGGAGGAACCAUUUCAUCCCUCUUGUAGGUGUAAAGGGCAAACCGCUGCCUAAGCUCCCACAGUGGUUGAUUCCCAAAGCAUGGGGCAUACCAAAUGAAGUUGUUAAGCAGUAUGUUGAAUUUGACUCCCAGGGUAAUUGUUUUAUUGGCGGAGAGCGCUGUCUUCAGGAAAAAUACCUCCAAAGGUUGGUCAAAGCUAUGGAUGACCUGUUUUUGAAGGUCAACAGCAUCUCAGCAGAGCUCGUUACCGAGGUUCACCAGUUUGUUUACAAGCCAUCUGGAAUGGUUGGGGUUAAACCUGAAACAGUUACCAAAUCCACAAAGGUCGCUGUUGCUGAAGGACGGCUCUACAGAUGUCUUUCCUGUAAUGCAUUGUCUGAGGUGCAUGUUGACUUUUCAUCAGAAAUGCUUAAACAAGGUGGAGAGCUGUAUGAAAUUGCUGUUCAAACUCAUGGGCAACUUAGAGAAGGAUUAAGUUACACGUUUCCAGCUCAUGACCUGACUUGUGUUUUUGAUGCUGAAAGAAAUUCAUUGGUGGCUGUUAAACACAAGGUAUUAAAAACUGAUCCUUAAAACUUGCUCAAUAUGUAGAUUUUUUUUUUCUUCUUUUGUCUCAGAUUCAUUUCCCUAAUGCUAAGGUACGUAGAAGGGAGUAAAAAUCAAACUCUCAGCAUUACAGCUGUUUUGGAUAACACGCGACCUGUGUUGUCAAAAACGUUUCAGGAUUUUGGGUUUUCCUUCGAGGUCAAUAAACCAUUACUAUAUCAUCCAAUCCUUGCUUGUCAAAAAAGGCGGCAACAGUUAGCAGAAGCUGCAAAAUUAAAUGUUGGAGGGAACGAACCGACCCAUAUCCGUGUUUCUUCUAGAUUUGGAAACUAUAUAGGAACAAUUUCACCGAAUGAGUUAAGAAGGCAAAAAAAUUGAGAGCUUACAUGUGAAAAGGUUACAUUUCUCAACAGAAUAUCAAGGCACAAAUCCUCCCGAUCCACAGGGCAGAGAGUGUGGAAACGUAUUGUGCAUUUCAAAAACAUGCGAACUCUGAAGUUCAAAAGCAACGAACACUCACAAAAUGGAUCGGAAUCCACCAAUCAAAAAUUACAAACCAUGACCUUUUGAACCUAUUGAAGUAAACUUCUGUGUUCUAAGGAGUCUGCUAGAAAGUGUGGAGCCUUUAGAUUUUGAUUGACGUUGCAGAAAAACCCAAAAUCUAAAGACCUUUUUGACAUCACAGGUCGCGUGUUAUCCGAAAUAGCUGUAAUAACCACCUACUAUACAGGUACCUCUGUUUAAAAGGUACUAUUAUUAAGAUUAAUCUUGUGGUUAUGAUUACAAUUAUUAUUGUUAUUAUUAUCAAAUUUAAAGGAAGAUAUGAUUGUAGCUAAAUUUAGGGUUAGGAUUAGAGCUCAUUGCCUGUACAUUAGUGCAGCAGUGCUCUACAUGUACAGUGUGUACCAACUGAGUUGUGAAGACCCAUACAUUUGGAGCCAGUUUGUGGAGUUUAUCUUAACUCAUAAAAAGAAUAAAACAUAUGGAAUAAUGAUGAUUAUAUGAACUGCAAAAACAUAAAUUUAUUUAUUGUGAGCACUGCGGCACUAAUGCAAAAGCCAUUGGUUUGGGUUACAAUGUAAUUUGCAGUUGCUUUAAUUGCUAUUACAACUGCAAUGAUCUUUCCUGAAUUAGUUUUCAUUUGCCUAAAGAAGCAUUAAAUGCUUUGCGCAAAAUACAAUUUACAAUCAGAAUGAACUUUUGAAACACCCUGUAAUUGCCAGUCAAAAUCAUGAUUAUAGACUCUGAGUCAUUAUUCGAGCACUGGACUUGCCCAUGGAAAGCCAAAUUUUAAGAAUCAGUGGAGUUGGGAAAUAAUGCACAGUAUGAAUCAUUACCAAAGGUUGAAGGUCAAAAAAACGCGAUUUUUCAAAUACAUUAUAUGUAACCUUUCUCCACCUAUUUUCCAAAUAUACAUAUCAAUAAUUUGCUCUGCAAUGAUAUUGAUUCAUAGUUAUUUUGGUAAAUGCAGGCGAUUUUUCCUGCCUGUUGCAUUCAUGUUUCCCACCUCUUCUUUACAUGUUCUUUUGGAUACUGUGUUAAACCAAAAUUAAUAAUCAUGAUAAAACAAUGUUAUACACCUGUAGGAUGAGUAUUAGUACAUUGUAUCCUCAAAAAGAGGUUGGUUUUAGUAAAAGUUCGAAGAUCAAAUGAAACACUAGGUAAGAUUGAACUGCAUUUCUUGAUGUAUCUGACAGGUACAUUUGAUUUCGGGUUGAGGUAAACGCUUUUCGAACUGGCAAAACUAGUGUCCAGGUCAGCAGGAUCCUAUACAUGUAGAUGACUGUAUUCCUUCAAUUACCUACAUUCAUUUUGUUGCUUGUAGAAUAUGACUUUACUUGAAUGUCAUCAUUGCCAUGGUCCUCUUCGCCGUGUCAACUCAGAUGGCAGUGUAGUCUAUGCAAAUGGUGACAGAACAGCAACACCCGUUGAGGGUAAAAGCCGAUGUGGCUGUGGCUUUAAACAUUAUUGGAAUGGACAAGAAUAUGACAACAUGCCAGAGAGGUAUUAGAAUGAAUCAUUAAAUUUAAAAAAUGACCAUUGAAUUGUAUUCUUUGCAUGCAUAUUAUUUAUGAUUAAUACAGUGAUAAAGCCAAUAUGCAUAAAUAAAGAAUGAUUCAAGUAAAUUUUGUUUCAAGCUACUGAAACUAAUUUUUUGGGAUUGAUACAAGGUUUGGCUUAUAUUCUUAUCCUUCAAAUAUGUUUGUCAGAUUUCAAAAGAGUGUGAUAUGCAAUGACAGAGUGUUCAUUAGGCAUCAGAGAUCAGAGAAUUCUUCGUUAACUAUGUAAAAUUCUCCGGCUAAUGUUCAGUAGCCUGUGACUAUUUUUUAUUUAGAUGAGGAGCCUCUUUCAAAAUAUUCUCCUGUAAUGUUACACCUUUCUCCUGCUACUAGAAUUCUUAAAAAAAACCCUGCAAUUAUGCUGACCUUAAAUUGCAGUGUGAUUACAAAGUGGAUAUACAGGGGAACCUCAAUAUAUCAAAGGGCCAAGGCACUGCCAAAAUAUGUUCACUAUAACAAGGUUUCAUUAUACUAUAUGGAGGUUCUUUUUCAUAUAUUUAACUAUUACUGGGACGAAGAAUAUUACUGUAUCAUUUGUUAUGGGGAGUAGUUUGUUAAAGGUUUGUUAAAUCAAGGUUUUCCUAUAGAUAUUUUCUGGAACCACACAAGUACCAUAAAAUGUGACACAACGGGGGUUGGGGAAUGUGAAUCAAAAAUCAUUUGCAGUGAAAUACAUGUUUCCUUCCUUUUAAUCUUUUUAGUUUUCCUAUUAACUUGGAGUGGGGUGGCCAGACUGUCUCAGAGAUUGUGUACUGGUUCCAGUAUGAACAGGAUACUUCACUUAAUUCCAAUGUCUAUGAUGUUGCUGCCAAACUUGUUCAGAAGCACUUUCCUGGAGAAUUUGGAAGUGAGCGACUGGUUCAGAAGGUGGUGGACAUUAUUUUAAGACAGACAGCUAAAAAAGAAGGUGAAAACAAAGGUGAGAAAAUUGAAUGUGGGUAAAUUUUGUGACACAGCUCCUUGAAAUGCAGGGAUAAGUUUAAUACCGUAAAUCCCCUAUGAAGCCCCCCUGGGGGCUUCUUUAUUUCAAGCCCAUUUGGGGGGGGGGGGCUUAAUAGAGACAGGGGGCUUUUUUAAUUUAGAAAAAGACAAAAAAGUAAAAAAGAAAGUAAAAAAAAAGGAUAAAAAAUUGAAUGUGGGUAAAUUUGUGGACACAGCUCCUAGAAAUGCAGGGAUAAGUUUAAUACCGUAAAUCCCCUAGGAAGCCCCCCGGGGGGCUUCUUUAUUUCAAGCCCUUUUGGGGGGGGGGGGCUUAAUAGAGACAGGGGGCUUAUUUAAUUUAGAAACAACGACGGUAUCAGUUCUCCACAAAGAACUAGGAUACAAAUUGGAAAAGCUCAAGUACAAGAAGUUUUAGGUCGUGCAGCCGAGGAUCAGAAUCAAAUCUGAUCUUC